AUGCCACCUUCUGGACCUAGAUCAAGGACAACACAACCAUCCAAUGCUCAAGUCAGACCCACUGCUAAUCAGAGAAAUGAAGUAUUCGAGAAUAUAUUCGGUAGACCUGCGGGUGGACAUCAUUUAGGCGGUCCAGUACAAGGACAAGGACCUGCUCAUCCUUCAUCAUCUUCAUCAGCAUCAUCAGUACCAGGAGGGUAUCAUUAUUCGUCAUCUUCUUCAAAUCACCUAAAUCCUGCACAACCAAGUUAUCCUCCUGGUACAGCAUAUCAAAAUGCACCUUCUUUACCACCACCACCACCUCGACAACAUUAUCCUCAACAACACACUUAUCAUCCACCUCAACCUCCUAAUCAGCCCAUAUUGACAGGUCCUUCAGCUAAUUCGGUCUAUGGAGGCGGUCAGUAUGAUAAUAUCGGAAGUGGAAGUGGAACUUAUGGUAGAAAAGUUAGUCAAGGUUAUGCCUCUAGUGCUUAUGGUGUACCGGUCGGUGAUCUUCCUGAUCGUAGAGCGUCUUUAGCACCUUCAACGUAUUCAGCAACAUCAACUGCAUCUUAUUAUUCACCUAAUCCAGAUUCAGUAUCACCUCCACCACCUAGAUCAAAUCGUUUACCUUCUAAUCCAGGUAAUAGUUAUCCUGCACCCCUACCUCAAACUAGUAGAAUACCAAGUGGACCUGGACCGGUGACUAGACAAGCAGGGUUGACCCCAGCUCAAGCCUAUCAAGCUUCUCAAGGAGGUUAUUCCAAUAAUGGUGGAAUGUCAUCAUCACCUGCAUCUGCAAUCUUUCCACAUCGUUCAUCAUCCUCACCAGCUCCAGCUCCUGCUCCUGCUCAUCCCAUUCCAAAUCCAAGUUCAAGGACAGAUCCUUCAGCUUCGGUCACUUCAUUUUCAUCAACCAUUUCAUCUGGUUCACGUCUACCUCAUUCCAAUUCCACCGCAUCGUUUCCCAAACCAAUGACGGGUCCUACUUCUCGUUCACCACCUCCUCCAAUAGAGGAAUAUGAUAGGAAUGGAUCAACGACACCGGAUUAUUUAGGACAAGCAUUGGGUAAAUUGGCUUUUGAAACUUCGCCUCAGAAAGGUUUCUUGGAUGACUUUGGUUUAUCGAGUCGGUCAGGAAAAGAUGGCAAUCACGAUUAUUUCGCUCAACAAGACUCUCAACCUCCUCCAAUACCGCCAAAAGCGGAACAACGUCAAGGGUCAUUUUCAAGUCAAUCAGGACCGUCGAUGCAUAAAAGAAUGGCUUCAGAUUCGUCCAUUGCGAGUAGUGUGUAUACAACAACAGCGGGGAGAACUUACAUGGCACCUUUGUCUCAGAUAGACACUUCUGCGACUGUGCAAGGAUCUUUCAGCUCUCCCACUACACCUACAGGUUCAGAUUCAGGAUUUGCAGCACACGCUCAAAGGAGAAUGUCAGGACGAAAAUCGAUGGAAUCGACAGUAUCUUUGCCUCUACCUGGGACAGAUUCACCUCUACCUCCAGGAGCAGCUCCAUCAGCAACCGCAGCAUAUGAUACUCGAGCAACAUCUUUCUCUGGAUCUUCAAAUUCACGCAAAGAUGUAGUUCAAUCUAUGAGAUCGGGAACAGGAUCAAUAGGACAUGGUACUCAGAGAAGAUCCCACUCAAAUGGAGCACCUCCAUCCUCUUUCACUUUCCCAACUCCUCUAUCGUCCCAACGAUCACUAUCCGGCACGUUGACAAGGAGCACAUCAACUGCUCGAGCACUCAUUUUAUCUUCUAUGCCACCUAUCUACCCUGCUUUAUUAUCUCAAGUUGCUGAAGCAUUCAAAAAACUAUUGAAUCUAUCUGAAUUAGUGAAGGAUGGAAUCACAUAUAAAGAUUCUUUCGAUGGAAGAACAGCUGUAGGUAUAAUUGCUGAUAUCAUCAAAACACCUGAUCGAAAUUUGGCUUUAUUACUCGGCAGAGCUUUAGAUGCUCAAAAGUUCUUCCAUGAUGUCACGUACGAUCAUAGAUUGAGAGAUAAUCCUCAUGAGGUAUAUCAAUUCAAAGAAAGAUUAACAGCUGCGCCAUUCAUAAAUGGAAAUGGAUCAAACGGAAAUGCAGCACAAGAUAGUCCGAUAUCAGAACAUGCAGGACUGAAUAGAACUUCCUCAAUGGGAAGUACGAGUCAUCAUGGUAGAUCAUCUCAGAGUGGAAUGAGUAGACCUUCGAUUAAUCAAGGUCAUUCGGACUCGGGUUCAAUAACUAAUACAUCAGAUGGUGGACAUAUGAUGAGUAUGGGUUCAACAGCUUCACAUUCUCAUUCAACACCUGCAACAUCAACUACAACUCUCGCAUCACCUAAAUCUCUAACGAAAUCACAUCAUUGGGAUCAUAUGACUCCAGGAGGAGGAAACAUCGUUAGCGGUGAUGAUGGAUUAGAUACAGAAGAUGAUCUGCCUGUGGGAGUCUUCACUUUAUUGACUGAUUGUUAUUCACCCACUUGUUCAAGGGAAAGGUUAUGUUACUCUAUAAAUUGUCCAAGGAGAUUAGAACAGAUGAAAAGGUUGAAUAUGAAACCGCAACCUGGAUUAUCGAGGAAGCUCAGUGAAGAAAGUAUUGUUGAUGUCAAGGAAACUGGUACUCUAUGGAUCCACUCUGUCUCGCAAGAAAUUUUAGAUAGUGUAGAUGACACGGAGAAGAAAAGACAGGAAGCAAUCAACGAAGUAAUCUACACCGAAAGGGAUUUCGUGAGGGAUUUGGAAUAUUUGAGAGAUUCAUGGGUCAAACCACUUCGAACUUCCGACGUCGUAGAUGCCAAGCGAAGAGAUGAUUUCGUUCGACAAGUAUUCUGGAACGUCCACGAUGUACUUACAGUGAAUCAUCCGCUUGCUGAAAAGUUGACUAAAAGACAAAAGAAAGAACCCGUCGUAUCUUCCAUUGGUGAUCUUUUCCUAGAACGGGUUCCAUUAUUCGAACCUUUCGUAACAUAUGGUGCACAUCAAUUAUUCGGUAAAUAUGAAUUCGAAAAGGAAAAAGGAGCCAAUCCAGCAUUUCAGAAAUUCGUUGAUGAAACUGAAAGGAAACCUGAAUCUAGGAAACUGGAAUUAAAUGGGUAUCUAACUAAACCGACAACAAGAUUAGGAAGAUAUCCUUUGCUUCUUGAAGCUGUAUUGAAAUAUACACCAGAUGAUCAUCCUGACAAGAAGGUAUUACCAGAGGUAAUCAAGAUGGUCAGAGGAUUUUUAACUAAAGUCAAUGAAGAAUCUGGUAAAUCGGAAAAUAUAUUCGAGUUGGCCCAAAUUGAACAAUCUUUGGUAUUCAGACCUGGAGAAUCUAUUGACUUGCGACUCCGAGAUAAAUCAAGACAAUUAGUCCAUAAAGGGCCGCUGAAACGACGUGGAGGAAAUCGAGAAGAAAUAGCGGAUCUAAUUGGAUUCCUAUUUGACCAUGCGCUAUUACUUGUUAAACCGAAAUGGGUUCAGAAGAGUGAGCAGUAUAAGGUGUACCGAAGGCCAAUACCAUUGGAACUGCUUGUCCUGGUGACUCCUGAUGAUCAAUACAAUUCAUCCAAAUUAUCAGCUUCAAGAGCGAAGAUAAUGCCAAGACAAUCAAAUACGACCAAAAUCGGCUCAACAUCACUAUCACAUCCACCUAAACCAGAAUCAAAACAUGGUUUCUCAAUAACGAUCGUACAUUUAGGUAAAAAAGGUUAUUCAAUGCAACUUUGGGUAGAUACGUAUAUGUCAAGGAAGAAAUGGUUGGAAUCAAUAGAUAAACAACAAACUAUAUUAAGAGAUAGAAGUUGUGUUUUCGUUAGUGAAACUAUCACUGAAGGUGUUUUUGGUGGAUUAAGAAAAGUCAAUUGUGUCAGUCCAUACGAUAUGGGACAUCGGAUGAUAUAUGGUACCGACGAAGGAGUGUAUUUCUCUAAUUUAAGAGAUGAUAAACUUCGAGAUCCAGUAAAAGUGAUAAACCUACUCGACGUAACUCAAGUUGAUGUCAUCGAAGAAUUCCAAUUAUUGAUCGUCCUCCAUGAACGAUGCGUAACGACAUUCCCAUUGGACAGUCUAGAUCCCAACGAUGCCAACGCAGCUUUGAAAAGAGGUAAAAGAAUAUCAAGUCAUACAUCUUUCAUCAAAUCCGGUGUAUGUCUAGGUAAAACUCUGAUAGCAAUAGUCAAAAGUAGUACUCUGAGUUCAACUAUAAAAGUUAUGGAACCUAUAGAUCAAUCCAUGAGAGGUAAAAAAGCUCCAGGUGGUUUCAUGAAAAGACUAAAUGGUAGAGAUGAUGCUUUGAAACUGUUCAAGGAAUUCUACAUUCCAACAGAAUCAUCUUCAGUUCAUUUCCUCAAAACUAAACUAUGUGUAGGAUGUACAAAAGGAUUCGAAAUUGUCGAUUUGGAAACUUUGGACAUGCAAGGUUUAUUAGAUCCGUCAGACGCAAGUUUGGAUUUCGUACUCAAGAGGGAUAAUGUUAGACCCAUAGCUAUUUAUAGGAUCGAAGAGGACUUCUUACUUUGUUAUGAUGAAUUCGCUUUCUACGUCAACAAGAACGGAUGGAGAUCAAGACCCAAAUGGGCUAUUGUAUGGGAAGGUCUGCCAACUGCCUUUGCUCUUCAAUAUCCAUAUGUGAUAGCAUUUGAACCGACAUUCAUAGAAGUUCAUCAUGUCGAAACAGGACAUCUGGUUCAAAUAAUUCCAGGAUCGAAUAUCCAAUGUUUAUUCGCUGAUACACCACCUUCAAGAGUAAACGCACCUGCCCCACCACCGAACAGACAACUCAUGUACCCUUCCGGACCAGGCGGUGGUGUAUAUGGUAGACCACCACCACCACCACCAGGUACAGGUCCAGGUUAUCCACAACAAGGAUAUUUCCCUCCCCCUAAUUCAUCUCAACCAUACCUACCUCAACCUCAAGGAGGGAAUAGACCUAGACCACCACCUCCACCUGGAUCAUACGCUAUGCAACCUCCUCAAGGUGGUUUAGUACCUAGAUUCGCAAGACAACAGGUCAUUUUCACAAGUGAUGAAGGUCAUGUACAAUUCUUGAAAUUCCCUCCUCCACAAAUGAAUUCAAGUACACAUAUUCAAUCGAACCAAAUUCAAAAUAGAUCUGCGCCGUCAAGUCAAAUGGGAUCACAAAGUAUGAGAGGAUCACAUCCCAAGAUAUGA